UUUCCGCUUCCGUCCUAAAUCGCUUCCUGCUUUAUGCGUUUACUUAAUUAUUUACUUUGUUGAGCAAGCUGUGGAUGCAGGAUGUAUUUUUUGUGUCACUCGAUAGUUAUCAUGGGCAGCUUGUGAUAAGUAAUUUGUGAAGAAGACCAAUGCUUUAUAACCAUCAUCCUUAUAUUUUACUCACUUUGUGGAUUACUAUGGCACAGUUGGGAGGGCAGGAAGAAAAAGAGAAAACAACAGCUCUUAAAGAUUUAUUAUCAAGGAUCGAUCUUGAUGAAUUAAUGAAAAAAGAUGAACCACCACUAAAUUUUCCGAAGACAUUAGAAGAAUUUGAAUAUGCAUUUAAUGAAAAGGGACAAUUAAGGCAUACUAAAACUGGAGAGCCAUUUGUUUUCAAUUAUCGAGAAGAUUUACACAGAUGGAACCAAAAACGCUAUGAAGCACUUGGAGAGAUUAUUACAAAGCACAUCUAUGAGCUUCUUGAAAAUGAAUGCAACUUGAAAAAAGAAUUCUUGCCCGUGGAUGCUACAGAGAAUGAACCAAAGAGCUUUAUUUUUCUGAGUGAAGAUGCCUUGAGCAAUCCAGAUAAGUUGCUUGUUCUGAUUCAUGGAAGUGGAGUUGUUAGAGCUGGACAGUGGGCUCGAAGGCUUAUCAUCAAUGAGGAUCUUGAGAGUGGAACACAAAUCCCCUUUAUUAAAAGGGCUACUAAGGAGGGAUAUGGAGUAAUUGUGUUGAAUCCAAAUGAGAAUUACAUUGAAGUUGAGAAGGAAAAGAAACCAGUACAACUCACUUCAGACAGUUUGGAUGAACCUGCAGAAAAGAGGGAAAGAAAAGAUGAGAAGGAGCCAAAAAAGCGUAGGGAUUUCUAUGAAAAAUACAGAAAUCCACAGAAGGAAAAAGAAACUGAACAAAUUUCUAUUAGGGAUAAUAGCUCUCCUGAGGAACAUGUCAUAUAUGUUUGGGACAACUUUAUUGCCAAAUCUUCUGCAAAGAACAUCUUUUUCGUAGCCCAUAGUUACGGAGGUGUGUCAUUUGUGGAGCUGAUGAUUCAGCGAGAAGCCGAAGUUAAGAACAGAAUUUGUGCUGUGGCUUUAACUGAUUCUGUUCAUAGUGUGUGGCAUCAAGAAGCUGGAAAACCCAUUUUAGAGUGGAUGCAGGAGCAUUGCUGCAACUGGGUAUCAAGUAUUGAAGCAUUAGAUACGCCAAUUGAGACUAUGUUGCCAGACUGUCCACGUGUCUCUGCAGGUACAGAGCGACAUGAGUUAACUUCAUGGAGAAGCUUCCACUCCAUUUUCAAGUUUUUCUCAGAAGCAUUAGAAACACAGAACAGUGAAGCCAAGCAGCCAGCUGCAGUUGCGACAAGGAGCUCCAACAGAAUAAAACAUGAAGAUUUCUAAAAGUGGAAGAAAUCACCCUCUUUUAGCCGCUUGUAUUUUUCUCUGUGCAUUCUCUAGGCUCUCAUUAGAUUGUUUUCUUUUUAGAGCACAGGGUCAUGGUGUAUACUUCUAAAUAGCGUUUUGCAUUAUUUCUAGAUGAAUGCUACUGUCAAAGCAAUAUAGGUUCACUGGUUGUGCUUCCUGUGGGCUGUUGCUUGGAUUUUGUGGCGCCCAUCAGUGCACAGAUUAAGGCUGACAGCAGUGCAGCACUGUACGGCAUGGCAGAGAUCUAAUUGCCCUGACACAACCCUGCACUGAGCCACUGCCAUGUCUUCUCUAGCCUUCCCAUGCAUUACUUGUACCUGUUUUAUGAUUGAUCUUUUGAGAUUUUUAAUGACUCAGCCAGUCACAAGUCCAUUUUCGAUAACUGGAAUUUAUCAUGUUUUGCUGCUGUUUUAAUCUCAUUGAGUCUUUUCAGUUGACAUUUUAUUCCUUUUACAAAAUGAUGUUUGUUGUUAACCUGUGUUUGCAGUAACUGGGUUGCUGCUUACAGUGGUUCUUUUUUUAAAAGCAAAGAUGAAGUUUCCACAUUUACAGGAUUUAAUAACAGAUGAGACUAGUUUUAAAAUCAUGAUGUAUAGAGUGACAUUUAUAAAGAGUUAUAUUUUUUCAGGUGCCAAAAUGAGUUUUUGUUUUUAAGUCAUAUUUGAUGUUAUAAACAAAAUAGAUAGUUAGAAACCAAAAACGUUAGAGUUCAUAAACAGUAUGCAGUCCAUGUGAAAACAGCACAAGCUGCCUCCUAGUGACAGUCAUUGAGAACGGACCGUGUUGUUACAUUUCCACGCCGGAUUGUAAAUCAGUUUAUGCCCAUGGCUGUUGAUGGCUCACACUUAAUCUGUCUUUUCUUUUGAGGAUCCACAAUGUCUAUCUUCAUUUUUGAACAUGGAAUGCCACCUGUCACUAAUAAGAGGCAUAAAACCUUACACAUACUUCACAUGUAGGGAUCAAGGUUUUGACAGGUUUUCCUCUAAUAGCACGUUGUAAGAUCCUACUCAAAAGUGGAAGCCUAACAUUCAUGCCUGUUCCUCUAUUGACUAUAAAAUAUUUUUCAAUGGUUUAUUGCUGUGAGUAAUCUGUAUCUUCCUCUUACAAAUAAAGGUCAUCUUCCCAGUACCUAAAAUGCUGCAUAGACUAGAACUUUCAUUGAGAUGACCAUUAAUGAGUAUAUCCAGUUAAUUGCCACCUGAUAGUGUUAUGUGACCAUUUUGGCCAAAAAGCAGCAAAUAUGCUGUGAUAACAAAUGUUCAGUGACAUGCUGAUCCAUCUGCUUGUAGUGCACGUCCAGUAUAGGUGUGAUCAUACAGACAUCCUGAUCUGUUAGGUGCCUCGUGGUCUGUGAGUGCAGGCUGAGCUUCUUCUUGAGUGUUAAUGAAGUACAUUUGGAUGAACUUCUGUUGGCCACAGGAGACGCCUCAGCUAAUUAUGUUUUAUCUGUCUACCAUUUUUAAGUUCCUUAAAAUUAAUAGCCAGUUACUGUAAUUAAGUGGCCCCUAUUACAGAAUCUUGAACUAUGAUAAAUGGUGUUUUAAUUCUUGAGCUUCCAUUUCUGAUAUUUUCUUACUGCGUCAACUUUCUAAUUGCUCACUCAACUUAUGCGUGACCUUGGAUAAAAUUGUGUCUGUAGCAAGUUCUUCACUGAAAUCCAAGCAUUUGUGUGUUUCUCUGAUGGGCUUUGAUGAAGUCACAAAUGCUUCAGUUUGUUUACCCAACCUGAAAAGUUGGCUGCAGAAAGCAACAGAUGAGUUCAGUCUGUGUUAGAGGGCAUUAUGAGAGCAUUUUAAAGAUGGCGGAGCAAGGAAUUUCAGACUGACUGUUAUAAAAGGCAUCUUGGGGUGGCUCAAUUUUUUUUUUUUUUUUUUUUAUAAUUUCACUUCAAGAAAAAAAGUUAUCUUUAUCAGUAAUGCUGCAGACUUUUGUUUUAAAAAACUCUUAAAGACUGACACAUUUGUAACAGUAAAGAUGUGUCACUGAGGAUGUACCUGAUCAGCCACUUAAAAUGGUGUUCCUGUGCCCAUUAAAAUGCCAUCACAACAAGAACUUGAUCUAAAAGUCACGUUAGGAUUUGACUUGUACACAGAGUGUUUUCCUAUGUGCAUGUGUGUUUUUCUUCCUGUGCUAGCUGUAAAAUGUCGUCUUCAUUAGUGCAAUUAUUCCAGAAGGUCUUCAAGCACUGCUAAUAAUAGCAAGAUUAUGAAUUGGUGUUCUGCUAUUAGUGAUUUUCUUGCCACUUAAAAUCAUGUCAUUGAAAGCAUGGCUUGCAUUUCUCUGAGGAGAUUUAAAUUACAUCAUUCAGCAUAUAGCAAACACAUUCACGAAGCUUUCAACAUAGCGUUUUUCAAACUGCACAACUUUCUGUAACAUUUGUUAGAAGGCAUCAUCCCAAACCCAGUCUGCUCCUUUUAUGUCAGGUCAAACUCUUUUUGGCAGCACUGGAAGGUGCUUUGGGGUGCAAUCCAUUUCAUUCAAGUCGGCUUCUCUUUAAAAACCUAUGGUAAACAAUAGUUUAAAAUAGAAGACACUAAGGAUAUGUUUUCUCAAGUUCAAGUCUAUUUCUAAAUAAGAUGUUUGGGGAUUUAUGGAUUCCAGCUUUUAAAUUAUUUGCUUUUUUCUCUUUUAUAAAUGCAAAUUUGGUGUAAGUUUUAAUUGAAUGGUUUUGAUAAACUCACAACAGCCAAGUACAUCAUAAAACAAAUACAAGAAAACACUGUGUUACAAAGCUCACCUUAUGCCAAGCAUUUAAUAUUUACAAAUGUAAUUGUUAUUAAACCUAAUUUUGUUGCACCUCUAAUGUACUUUGACAAAUUGCUUGCUGCUUUUAUACUGCUCAAAUUUUAAAAACUUGCUAAUUCUUAUAUACUGUUAAAAUUACAAUAUUCUAAAAUAACCCAGAGAAUUUUAAAGAAAUGUUUUGAAAUUUACACAAUAUUCUUGUUUUAGAAAUGCUUACUUACUUUAAAUAGUUUUUUUAUUAUUAAUAAAUACCUCCUUUAAA